GGCCGGCGAGGAAUAAAAACCCCCUCCUUACUUUAUCUCUCCCUCCCAUGGACCCGUAAUCUGUCACUACGUCUCUCUCUUCAUUUAUCGUGCAUCCGUUCCUCAGUAUCGAAGCUACAAUGCCUACACCAAAUCCCACUUCAAUUCCAGGGCACUUCAGCCUGCCCCGCAUUAGAACGCUAUUGGUCUCAUUGCUCGUUGCCCUGGGAGCGGGAACGAAUUAUGUCUAUUCAGCCUACGCCCCCCAAAUGGGACACAGACUAAAUCUCAGCCAUACACAACUAAACCUCAUCGCGCUUGGAGGAAAUGUCGGUGUCUACAGUACCGGUCCGGUGUGGGGAAAGAUAGUCGACGCUCGGGGCCCACGUAUCCUGAUGGUAGCGUCCUUCGCACUGCUCCUACUGGGAUAUUCCGGCAUUCGACUCGUCUACGACGUGGGGUUAAAAUAUGGCCAGUCCACCAUCAGCACUUUUACAUUCUGCCUGCUCACCCUAUUCGGCUGUAUGACCGGCGCGGGUGGGAAUUCGGCCUUGACUGGAGGUAUCAACUCCACAGCAAAAUCCUUCCCAGAAAGACUCCGCGCGUCCACGACGGGAAUCGUCUUGUCGGGUUUCGGAUUGUCUGCAUUCCUGUUUUCCUCGAUUGCUCACUUUGCCUUCCCAGGCGACACGUCUUCUUUCCUGUUGGUUUUAUCUCUGGGAACGGCUCUGCCCGAGGUAGUAGGGUACUUUUUCAUUCGACCUAUCCCCUUGCCCGCGUCCGAACAGCGACAUGUUCCCGAAGGGAGCGCGGAGGCUAUCUCUUACCACGAGAACAGCAGUCAAACACGCUUGUUGGGCAGUGAAGAUACCCAACUUAUUUUUGAUCAAGCUAGUCCUACUACGCAUGCCGUAGAUUAUAGUCCUGGAGAAACGAGUGCUCUGGAGCUUAGCCCGCCCAGGAGCAUCUCUCCGCCUCAGAUCAAUACUUCCAGACAUCGCUCCCAGAGUAACGGGAGAAGUCUCAGCCUUGCAGGACGCAUUCUUCUGCACGAAAAGUCUCCCAACAUCUACGGCUGGAAACUGUGGUGCACCUUCGAGUUUUGGCUCAUCUUCUCAAUCCUCUUACUCCUGAGCGGAACCGGUAUUAUGUACAUCAACAAUGUCGGUUCGAUGUCUCAAGCACUUUUCGCUCACAAUAACCCUACAUAUGACGAAAAUGGCGCUGUUCCGUGGCAAGCUGCUCAGGUUUCCGCCAUCAGUAUCAUGAACUGUCUCGGACGAAUCAUUAUAGGACUCCUAUCCGAUUUUGCGAAACACCACUAUGAGACGCCCAGGUGUUACAGCCUGAUGCUGGUGUCUCUCCUUGUUCUGAUUUCGCAGAUACUAGCGUCUCAAAUUGACGACGUGCGCUUCUUGUGGCAGGCGAGCUCCUUACUCGGCCUUGCGUAUGGGUCUAUAUUCGGAACCUACCCCACUCUCUGCAUAGAGUUGUUUGGCAUGCCUCAUUUUUCGGAGAACUGGGGAUACAUAUCGUUAGCGCCUAUGGUGGGGGGGAACGUCUUUUCGCUGGCGUUCGGUAAGAAUCUGGACGCGCAUGGACCGAAGGAUGCGAAAUUGGGGGAGGUUAUGGUUAUGAGUGGAGAGCGGCAGUGUCUAGAAGGGAAGGCGUGUUAUGUGGACACGCUUUAUCUCACCAUCGCUGGUUGUUUCUUGGCGUUCCUCUUGAGUGUGUAUGCAUGCUGGAGGGACCGUCAAAAGCAUACGUACCACUCGUUAGAUUUGGAUGAUGAGGAUGAAGAGGAUUGAAAUGAUAAACUGUGAUAUUCUUAUAUAGACUGUACUGUACACAUACUUAAAUAGAAUUGGAACGACUGCCGACUACGACUCUGCCUCUCGCAGUU